AGGGCCUGACCUGGUCUCUGAGAAUGGAAUGGGUGGUACGGGACCUCUGGGAGCCGGACAGGGUGGGGCGAGGGGAGGCGGGGCCGGGCCUCUGGGGCGGGGCGGGGCGGCUUGUUGCCGGAAACGAGUCCCCGACGCAGCGCCCCGGAAGUAGAGUGGCUGUCACAGUGCGACUCCCACUGCGGCGGCGGAGGCCUGUGUUUGCGGCCUUCUGCGAGCGACGAGGAUGGCAAGCGCAGGGGCACCUGCAACCGCAGUCCCCACCUUGGCUCCGCCUUUGGAGCAGCUCAGGCACUUGGCGGUGGAGCUGCGGUUGCUCCUGCCUCGAGUGCGGGUCGGCGAAGCCCAGGAGACCACUGAGGAGUUUAAUCGAGAGAUGUUCUGGAGAAGACUCAAUGAGACAGCUGUGAUGGUGUCAAGGGAAGCCACGACUCUGACCACAGUCUUCUCUCAGCUUCCACUGCCAUCUCCACAGGAAACCCAGAAGUUCUGUGAACAAGUCCAUGCUGCCAUCAAGGCAUUUAUUGCAGUAUACUAUUUGUUUCCAAAGGAUCAGGGAAUCACCCUGAGAAAGCUGGUACGGGGCGCCACCCUGGACAUCGUGGAUGGCAUGGCUCAGCUCAUGGAAGUACUUUCCAUCACUCCAACUCAGAGCCCUGAGAACAACGACCUUAUUUCCUACAACAGUGUCUGGGUUGCAUGCCAGCAGAUGCCUCAGAUACCAAGAGAUAACAAAGCUGCAGCUCUUUUGAUGCUGACCAAGAAUGUGGACUUUGUGAAGGAUGCACAUGAAGAAAUGGAGCGGGCUGUGGAAGAAUGUGACCCUUACUCUGGCCUCUUGAAUGAUACUGAGGAGAACAACUCCGACAACCACAAUGAUGAGGAUGAUGUGUUGGGGUUUCCAAGCAAUCAGGACUUGUAUUGGUCAGAGGAUGAUCAAGAGCUCAUAAUCCCAUGCCUUGCACUGGUGAGAGCAUCCAAAGCCUGCCUGAAGAAAAUCCGGAUCUUAGUGGCAGAGAAUGGGAAGAAGGAUCAGGUGGCACAGCUGGAUGACAUUGUGGAUAUUUCUGAUGAAAUCAGCCCUAGUGUGGAUGAUUUGGCUCUGAGCAUAUAUCCACCUAUGUGUCACCUGACUGUGCGAAUCAAUUCUGCGAAACUUGUGUCAGUCUUAAAGAAGGCACUUGAAAUCACAAAAGCAAGUCAUGUGACCCCUCAGCCAGAAGAUAGUUGGAUCCCUUUACUUAUUAAUGCCAUUGAUCAUUGCAUGAAUAGAAUCAAGGAGCUCACUCAGAGUGAACUUGAAUUAUGAGUUUUCAGGUUCAUUUAUAUUCUCUUCUCCCCUUCUCACCAUAAUGGUCAGGCUCUGAUGUCUCCUUUUAAAAUGGAGCUAGAAUGCUUGCUGGAUUGAAAGGGAGUGCCUGUUUAUAUUUAGCAAGAGACACUAUUACCAAAGAUUGUUGGUUAGUCUAGAUUGGCACCUAUUUAUAAACCAUAUGCAAGUAAUAUAUUUUUCUGUGCUAUAUGUAAAAAAUAAUUGCAUGAUUUCUCAUUCCUAAGUCAUUUCUCAGAGAUUCCUAGGAAAGCUGCCUUAUUUGCUUUUUGCUGUAAAUUGUUUUCAUUGUAAAGAUGUUGAUGGUCUCAAUAAAAUGCUAACCUGCCAGUGACUGAGUGCCCUUCCAAAGUUUCUUUUUACCAGAAAUACAGUGGAUUGAGACUAAAACAUUGCUUUCAUUUGGGUUUGUAGGUUUAAAAAUCUGAUUCUGAUCAGAAGUGUAUUUAGAACAAAACCCUUUAUUUAGAAAAGGUUACUCCAAAAUUCAUCUUAGUAUUUCACCAUGUUAUAUAUUAUUAUCAACAAGUCCUUCUGAAUAUUAUCUCAGGUUACUCCAUGUCUCUAAAAUAUAUUGGCAUUGAGCUGUUAGGUUUGCCCACCUUGUUGAACAGAUUUAUUUCCUUAUAUGUAUUUGUAUUGUCCUCUGUUACAUGUGUCCCCAAAUGUAAAUACCAAAUUUUUACAAAUCAACAUUUUUUUAGUGUAUAAGAGAUUUUAUGUAAUUUUAAGGGCCUUUUCAGUUCAUCCUUUUGCAAAACCAUCACCACUUAAUUAUACUUUUGCAUCAGUCUAGAAGACUUCAUACUGGAAAGCAGCGUAAACCUGUAGUGAUGUAUAUUCUGGUGAGCUGAAUUGGGCCUUCUGCAUGUGCUGCAGGCCCCCACCACCUCUAAUGCCUGUCCUUUUCCUUCUGUAGGUGUAAUUCUUCACAUAUGCCUUUCUACUCUCUCUAGGUAUAAUCAGCAACAGUCAUUCUUUGAGUGACUAGUGUAUACUGGGGGUUGAAAUUCCUUAAGCCAAAUGUGUUUUAAUUUACUGUUUGAAAGUGCCAUUUUGUACUGUUAAUAAGUGUCAUAAAGGGAAGGAACUAAAACUAAACUGAUAGAGUGCCAAGGCAACAAAAUAACAAACAAAAUAACUUUGUACAAAAGGAGUCUAGUUCUUUCUUCUUAUAGAGCCUAUUUUUUAUAUACUU